AGACAGACCUCCCCUGCCCUACUUGGUACUUUUCUGCCUUCCCUCUGAGUCUGCACAUUUCGGCAGGCGCUCACUCGCAGCAGCGUGCGCAUGCCCGGACACGCAGGUUGCCCGAACCGGAAGUCACGACUCGCCAGUCGGCGCAUUAUUCAUGGUUGUUUCUUUCUUCUCACCCUCUUCCUCUCCGCGGCUCUCCUGCUCUUCUUCUUCUCUCUCUCUCUCUCUCUGUUUGUUUUGUUCAUGUUUCUGCUGCUUGAAAGGCUCCGUAGAGGAAACGUGACACAGUAUCUUGUGCAGCGUUCGCCAGCUGCCAGUGACUCAUCCGCCCGCUUUAGGAGCUCGGCUCGUUUAAUGCGACUCCCAGUCUGUACAGCAUGUUAACUAUGGCGAUCUGGGCAGGACAUGUUGGGUGUCUCCGCACACCAGAGAAACAAUCGGAUUCAGCGGCUGCAGAAUCGCAUUUCAGUUCAGUUCCUAUUUAACGCCAGCUGUCUGCAGUCGUGUUGCUGACAACGCCUGUGCCUGUUUUUCAUUUCAUCCGAUACUGUGGAUCGAUAAAUCGAUGCUCUGGAUUGAUAAAUCGAUGCUGUGGAUCGAUAAAAUGGUCUGCAGUGUCAUUUCACUGUAGAUCCCAACACUUUGAAAAUGCGAGUCUGUAGGUUGUCUUUAGUUCUUUAGGGUUUCUGAACGGUCUGGAAAAGUAUAAAACGCAUUUUAAAUGGAUUAAAUUCCACAAUUCAUUCCGGUCUCAGAACACAUGGCAUGCGGCAGCAUGUUGAAGAACCUCUGAUUAGACAUCAGUUGUCUUUUUUGCUUGAGGUGAUGCAUGUUUGCGCAAUUAUUCCCUCUGGAAUUUUACUCUCAGAUUUUUGACUUUCAGACAGCUGUUGUGAUGUGUAACUACGGCAUCAAGGUAUUGUUUAUUUAUUUAUUUUUUUGACAACUGGGAGCAGAUGAUUAGCAUUCCAAAAGCCCAAAUAGUACCUGAACUUUGACCCCAAAAUCCCAGAAGAAUUGAAAAGGAGAGUUCAUGGAUGGAGAGCAGGAACAAAGAGUAGAGAGAGAAGAAGGAAGUUCAAACUAUUUCUUUGACCUAUCAUAACGGGCAGAGAUUAUAUUCUCAUCUCAAAUGUCUCGAUGGAAACGACCGGGACGCAUCAAAAGCAAAUGAGGUGGAUUAGCAGAGCUUGCUGAUCCACAUGAUGACGUCGUCCAGGACAUGUUCCUGUGAAAUAUCUUCUCUGCAUGUUGGCAUCUCAUAACGUCAUACGGCAACAGUCUUCAGUCAGAGGCCUCUUCACGGCCAUUACGAGACUGACUGCAUCAAAAGACUCUUUAAAGAUGCUUUGAUAAUGUGAAUUACUUAAUUUCCCUUUGGGCUAAAUGAAAUGUUUUUGCUGGAUCCAUUUAGUUUUACAGGUUCUACAUCCAAAGCUUACUCUCUCUAGAAAUAUCAGUCAUAAAUCCGCAGAGGAAUUUUGUUUUCAUCCAUUUCAAAUUUGCUGCAGAAGUGUUGGGAACUUUGAAAAUGUGAGUCUGGAAGAAUUUGUAAGAAAUAUGUAGAAAACCUGACACCGGCUCUGCUUGUGUGCAGGCCCGUUUUCAUCUUCAGUCUCUUCAAAAGCCAGUCCAGUACAGGUAUUAUUUCUAUAUUUAAAAAAAGAAAGAAAGAAAAGAAAGGCGUUUCAAAUGCUAAUGAAUUUUUAAUCUUGAAUAUUUCCCCGUCCUGCGUUGCUGUGGAGGGGGGGGGGUUGCUGCUGCCUAUAUUUGGCUCUGAUGUUCUACUGCAGAGCACUAUGUGCUCCAUUUCCCAGGUUAAGCUGGACUCUGUUUCUCUGUGUGGUCCGACUGAUGGGUGCAGGAUCUGCUGAAGACCCAAAGCAGACGUCAGGGGGUUCUUUAACAAACUAAAUAAAACACCAUCCAAUAUGCCUAACAUUUUACUUUAUUUAUUUUUGGCUCUUGUAUCCAUUGCAAGUAUUUUUUUUAAAAAAUUUUAUGAUUUCGUUUAAAUGCACCGUUUGUAAUUUUGCUCAAUUCCUGUACAGUGUCUUUGAGUGUUUCAGAAAGGCACUAUACAAGUAAAAUCUAUUAUAAUUAAUAGUAGUAGUUAUAUAAAGGCAGUACAUUUACUCUCUCUCUCGUUUCAAGUCUGCCUGAUGUCUCUCAUAAUCCCCCCGCCUGCCUCACUGCAUGCAGUCUUUUUGUCAAAGCGCCCUGGUCACUCCAGCUCUGUGUGACUCAGCAAUACAUGCUAAUGCACAAUGAGGUAAUGUUGUCUCUAAGCAACGCCAUUGUCCUCGCCAGCGGAGGCUAAACAAGAUCUAAGUUGCCAUUCAUGACCCGCUAUGACGGCAAAGUUGUUUAAAGGAGGCUGAACCCAAGUGAUACCAGCCUUCGGGAGCUUUUCAGUGAUUUCUGAUCCUCCAUCCAGUGCUGAACUAACAAUUGUUUGAAAAGGAGAGGUGAGAAGCUGACCCGUGUGAAGGUCCCGUUCCCAGUUCUUCAGGGGGAAGGAGUGGAAUAUCUCGGCCGUGCCGACGAAGCCAUCAUCGCCAUUUCCAACUACAGACUCCACAUCAAGUUCAAGGACUCUGUCAUCAACGUGCCGCUCAGGCUGGUAGAAAGUGUGGAAAGCAGAGAUAUGUUCCAGCUGCACAUCAUCUGCAAAGACUCCAAAGUUGUCAGAUGCCACUUUGCGACAUUCAAGCAGUGCCAGGAGUGGGCGAAGCGCCUGAACCGGGUCAUCGCCCACCCGUCCCGCCUGGAGGACCUGUUCGCCCUGGCCUAUCACGCCUGGUGCCUCGGGGCCAGCGCAGACGAUGAAGACCAGCACGUUCACCUCUGCCGCCCAGGGGACCAUGUGCGUCACAGGAUAGAAAUGGAGGUCAGGCGGAUGGGCUUUGACACGCAGAACGUCUGGAGAGUUUCUGACAUCAACUGCAACUACAAGUUGUGCUCCAGCUACCCGCAGAAGCUCCUGGUUCCCAUCUGGAUCACCGACAAAGAGCUGGAGAGCGUGGCUUCCUUCAGGUCCUGGAAGAGGAUCCCCGUGGUGGUCUACAGGCACCAGAAGAACGGGGCGGUGAUCGCUCGCUGCAGCCAGCCUGAGAUCAGCUGGUGGGGCUGGAGGAACACGGACGAUGAGUACCUGGUGACGUCCAUCGCUAAGGCCUGUCACAUGGACACGGGAGCCAAGGGGACGGCAGCGGUCCGGCAGAGAGGGGAUGCUCCCGACUCAUGUGACAGUGAUUUUGACUCGUCGCUGACGGGCGGCUCUGGCUGCGACGACAGCACAGUCCCCCAGAAGCUGCUGAUCCUGGACGCCCGCUCCUACACCGCCGCUGUGGCCAAUCGAGCCAAAGGUGGCGGCUGUGAAUGCGAAGAGUACUACCCCAACUGUGAAGUUAUGUUUAUGGGAAUGGCCAACAUCCAUGCCAUCCGCAACAGCUUCCAGGCUCUUCGGGCUGUCUGCAGUCAGAUCCCAGACCCGGGAAACUGGCUGUCGGCUCUGGAGAGCACCCGAUGGCUGCAGCACCUGUCGGUCAUGCUGAAGGCCGCCACGCUGGUGUGUGGUGCGGUGGAACGGGAAGGCCGGCCCGUCCUGGUGCACUGCUCAGAUGGCUGGGACCGAACGCCCCAGAUAGUAGCCCUGGCCAAAGUACUUCUUGACCCCUACUACAGGACGUUAGAGGGUUUUCAGGUGCUUGUGGAGACGGACUGGCUGGACUACGGUCAUAAGUUCGGGGACCGGUGCGGCCAUCAGGAGAACGCGGACGAUGUGAGCGAGCAGUGUCCCGUCUUCCUGCAGUGGCUGGACUGCGUUCACCAGCUGCUCAAACAGUUCCCCUGCCUGUUCGAGUUCAACGAGGCCUUCCUGGUCAAGUUGGUGCAGCACACCUACUCUUGUCUUUACGGCACAUUUCUGUGCAACAACGCUCGAGAGCGAGAAGCAAAGAACAUCUACAAGCGCACCUGCUCUGUGUGGUCGCUGCUCCGCGCGGGAAACAAGAACUUCCAGAAUUUCCUCUACGUUCCCGGUCACGAUGUGGUGCUGCAGCCAGUCUGCCACACGCGGGCCUUACAGCUGUGGACAGCUGUUUACCUGCCCACUUCGUCCCCCUGCACAGCAGUGGACGAGUCUGUGGAGCUCUACCUCCCCCCAUGUGCCACUGGAGAUGAGCUCACCUCCCGCUCACUGGACAGACUUCCCAAGACUCGCUCCAUGGACAACCUGCUGUCCGCUCUGGAGAACGGUCUUCCUCUGACCCGGACCUCCAGUGACCCGAACCUGAACAAGCACUGCCAGGAGGGCCGCCCGGCCCCGGAGCCCUCAGCUGCGGCGGACGACCCGUCUGCAGGCCGCUCUGAGGACGACCUGACUGACGGGGCGGAGGAGGCGCCACCGCCGGCAGCCGGUCUGGGUCUGGACCAGAACCACAAGAGCGGAUCGGGAGCGGAGGAAGAACCCUGUCUGACCACGCAGCCUCUGCCGUCUCCACCCCUCCCCCCCGUCUGCGACACCCCCACCCUCUCACAGACUGCCUUCGUCACUCCAGUCCUCCACCAGGCGUCGCCUCAGACUCCCAGCCCGCCGCUGCCGUCUCCUCCGCUGGAAGCGGAGAGUCCGGCUGGGACUCCAGAACCCGCCUCCCCAUCCCACAAACCAGAGCCCUGCUUACCUCUGCCAUGCAAAAACACCCAGCCUGCGGCCAAGGCCUCCACCUUACUAACCAACGGACAUGGCGACGGCAAGGCUGACGGGCUGCCGCAGCCCGGUGGCCUCCUGGUGGCGAGGCAGCAAAGGGCCAGCAUGGACGACUCCACGGAGACGCUGACAGACGAGGCCGAGCCGCCGGCCGCCUUCCCUCUGCUCCAUCGGAGCCGCUCCAGUGACGACGAGGCACCGCAGAAAGACAAGGACGGCUCAAGGAUGGAACCGGCGAAGGGAAGAGGGAGGACGCUGACGAUUACCGCUGCUCACACCGACUCCGACGUCCGACCUCUGACCUCUCAGCUGUCCGACCUGCCUCUGCUGGGCUCCCCGUGGGACAGCGUCCCCGUCCCGGGUUUGGGCCAGUCUAGCUUCAGAUACCCCAGCAGCUACCAGAGCCGCCGGCUGCUGGGUAAGCUCCUGCGCUCACAGGGCUUCGCCGCCGCCAGCGGCUCGCAGUGCUGCCGCAGAGAGGCGCUCUGCUGCUCCAGCGGCGCCCGUAGCCUCAGCUACUCCCUGGCGGCCCACCAGCUGCUGCAGGCGUCGUACUCCUCCCCGCCGGCCUCCAGCUCGCCGCCUCCGCCCCACGCACCGGCAUACCUGGAUGACGACGGGCUGCCGGUUCCGCUGGACGCCGUGCAGCAACGGCUGCGGCAGAUCGAGGCCGGAUACAAGCAGGAGGUGGAGGUGCUGCGGCAGCAGGUGAGGCAACUGCAGAUGAGGCUGGAGAGCAAACAGUUCAGCACUCCACCCUCCGAGCCAGACGUCGACUACGAGGACGACAUCACGUGUCUGCGGGAGUCGGACAACAGCAACGAGGAGGACUCUCUGUCCACCCACAGCGAGGACCGUCUGUCUGAGGGCAGCUGGGAUCGAGUCGAACCCAAAGACACGGAGGUGACCAGGUGGGUCCCCGACCACAUGGCCUCUCACUGCUUCAACUGUGACUGUGAGUUCUGGAUCGCCAAGAGGCGUCACCAUUGCAGGAACUGCGGCAACGUGUUCUGCAAAGACUGCUGCCACCUGAAGCUGCCCAUCCCGGACCAGCAGCUGUACGACCCGGUGCUGGUGUGCAACACCUGCCACGACCACCUGCUGGAGUGUCGCACCCGCGAGAUCCGCAGCCAGCAGCUCAAGAAGGCCAUCGCCACGGCGUCCAGCUGAGAGGACGCACAGCGACGCGCGGCACCACCUCUGCUCCGCCCUGCUCGCUUUGGAGCAGAGCGACACCCCGUUGGCGACCUCGACGCGCCGUCGUCAAGGCUUCGGAGGGGCUACGAGGAAGAGACGUUUGUCUUGAAUCGCAGACGCGCUCGAGAUUAGAAGGCGUGACGCAGGUUAGCGGGAAGCGGAGGUGACGAUGAUGCUGUUGGGACAUUUUUUUUCAGCCCGGAGCGCUGCAGCGUCCUGCUGCCCCCCUCCCCGUCUCUCCGCCCCGACACGGCGUCCCGUCUCUGUCCACCACCUUUGUCCACCACUCUGGCUGGACUCCGUCUCGCUCUCCAGAGGACAAUCGCUCAACCUUCGCGUGUCGGGGACUCCGACGUCCUCUACCAGUACCACUGGAGGCAACUUUAAAAGAGGAAAGAAAAAAAAAUGCUGCUACAGUAUUUAAAAGUCUAAUUUUGUAUUUUUAUUUUGUGCACUACUAGCUGUUGUGUAUUUGAGGGAGACCAAACUUGAGCAAAAAGGGAGAAAUCUGCUGUUUACUCUAACGCAUGUUAUUCCUUAGAGCCGGAAUGUAACGCGUGCUGGGGAAGACUGGAUCCGUUUCCGUUCUCGCUGGAGUCCUUUAAGUGUUUGUCUCUGCCACGUGUUCUCAGACCUUCUGUGUUUGCACGGUCAACGUGGUUCUGUGUUUGUCGCUCCUUCGCCCUGCCGCGGACGUGUCGCGGCGUCGGACGUCCUGAGCGCCGCCGCUUGUUUUCGGAGACGGCGGCUGAGAGGAAGGAGGAAGACGGGAGUAAGGAUGUGAGAUUCGAAAGGUGCUGGCGGCUUUUCCGUGGCGAAUUUAUGCCGAAACUCUCGUCUGAAUAUCUCAAGCUUGUGAACUGGAUACAGAACACCCAGAUUUCUUUUUUUCUUUUUUCUCCCACCUCUUUCCUCCCACUCAAAAAUAUGUUUUCGUGUCUACUGGUUGUUUCUUGAAUCAAUAGUGCCAUAUUUGGUUUUGUCUACUUUUAAAAGCCUUUUUUUUUUCUUCUGGACAGCAGCAGGUUUCUAAUUGGCCACGUCUGUGUAUGAUUUAUUGGUGCAAAUACUUAGCUGCUUAAUAACACUGAUUUAAAUUAAGAUUAACAAAUUGUUGAGUUUAGAUAAAGACAAUGAUGGGAUAUAACUGAAUUAGCAAACCGUUAAUUAACCAUCCAUUGUGUGAUGUUUGCGAUGUUAUUUUUGCACGAUAUCGAAGUCGAAAUUUCCAAGGCGAAAAUGUAACAAGCUCUUAUCUGAUCAGUAGUGAUGGGUAAACCCCAUUACCUAAUAAUUGUUGUAAAGAAAAUGCACUGUAAAACUGAAAUCCCAAGGGUUAAAAAUAAACCAUCAUAUCAACUCGA